AUGUCUUCCAUGCUGCAACCUCAGAUCAUACUGUUGAAAGAAGGCACAGACACAUCGCAAGGGAAGCCACAACUCGUAAGCAACAUCAACGCUUGCACCGCCGUCGCCGAUGUCGUCCGGACCACCCUAGGUCCUCGCGGCAUGGACAAACUCAUCCACGACGAUAAAGGUUCAGUAACCAUCUCGAACGACGGCGCCACUAUCAUGAAGCUUCUUGAUAUUGUUCAUCCCGCUGCCAAAAUACUUGUUGACAUUGCUAAGUCUCAGGACUCCGAGGUUGGCGAUGGAACCACCACUGUGGUAUUGCUUGCAGCUGAGUUUUUAAGAGAGGCAAAGCCUUUUAUUGAAGAUGGUGUUCACUCUCAAAAUUUAAUACGAAGCUACAGGACUGCGUGUUCCUUGGCGAUUGAGAAGAUUAAAGAGCUAGCUGUUAGUAUUGAGGGAAAAAGUCUGGAAGAGAAAAAAAACUUGCUAGGAAAGUGUGCUGCUACAACACUUUCUUCAAAGCUUAUAGGAGGGGAGAAGGAGUUCUUUGCAUCCAUGGUUGUCGAUGCUGUAGUUGCGAUUGGGACUGAUGAUAGGUUAAAUAUGAUUGGAAUAAAGAAGGUUCCUGGAGGUAACAUGCGUGACUCAUUUCUUGUCAAUGGUGUUGCCUUCAAAAAGACAUUUUCGUAUGCUGGAUUUGAGCAGCAGCCCAAGAAGUUUCAUGAUCCAAAAAUACUAUUGCUUAAUGUUGAGUUAGAGCUGAAGUCUGAGAAAGAAAAUGCUGAAAUAAGAUUAUCUGAUCCAUCACAAUAUCAAUCAAUUGUUGACGCAGAAUGGAAUAUUAUUUAUGACAAACUAGAUCGAUGUGUCCAAAGUGGUGCCAAAGUUGUUCUCUCACGCCUUGCUAUUGGCGAUUUGGCUACACAGUAUUUUGCAGAUAGAGACAUUUUUUGUGCUGGUCGUGUAGCAGAAGAAGAUCUUAAAAGAGUUGCUGCUGCAACUGGGGGAACUGUACAGACAUCUGUUAAUAACAUUAUUGACGAGGUUCUUGGAACUUGCGAGACUUUUGAGGAAAAGCAAGUAGGAAAUGAAAGAUUCAACAUUUUCAAUGGAUGUCCAUCUGGUCAAACAGCCACCAUAGUUCUUCGUGGUGGAGCCGAUCAGUUCAUAGAGGAAGCAGAGCGAAGUCUGCAUGAUGCAAUCAUGAUUGUUAGAAGGGCUAUGAAGAAUUCAACUGUAGUUGCCGGUGGAGGUGCUAUAGAUAUGGAAAUAAGCCGGUACCUAAGGCAGCAUGCACGUACAAUAGCAGGAAAGUCUCAGCUUUUCAUCAACUCCUACGCCAAAGCUCUUGAGGUUAUUCCUCGGCAAUUAUGUGACAAUGCUGGAUUUGAUGCAACUGAUGUGCUGAACAAACUAAGACAGAAACACGCUCUGGCUUCUGGUGAGGGGGCACCGUUUGGGGUUGACAUUGCCACGGGUGGAAUUGCCGAUUCAUUUGCCAACUUUGUCUGGGAGCCUGCAGUUGUGAAGAUCAAUGCUAUAAAUGCUGCUACGGAGGCAGCCUGCCUUGUUUUAAGUGUGGAUGAAACAGUUAAAAAUCCCAAGUCUGAGAGUGCGCAAGGAGAGGCUGCUGCAAGUGCCAUGGGAGGCAGAGGCCGCGGAGGCGGUUUCCGUGGUCGUGGACGAGGAAUGCGUAGAUGA